GUUACACUAUCAAGAGGGCGCCACACUUCACUGUUGGUUUUUUUCUAGUAGUUCAGGUUUUCCAUAUGUUACUACGCUACUAAUGGACAGAGGUGAAGAAUACCCUAUUGGUGUGCUUAUAGAAGAACUUCGUGGUGAAGACUUACAAGUCCGUCUUCAAAGCAUUCGUAAAAUAGCAACUAUUGCAUUAGCACUUGGCCCGGAGAAAACGCGAUCUCAACUGAUACCAUUUUUAACUGAGACAAUCUAUGAUGAAGAUGAAGUUCUACUUGCUUUAGCAGAACAAUUAGGAACAUUAGUUCCAUACGUCGGUGGUCCAGAGUACGCUCAUUCGCUGCUGCCUCCACUUGAAAGUCUUGCUGCUGUAGAGGAGACAGUUGUACGUGACAAAGCUGUUGAAGCAUUAAGAAAACUUGCACCAGAUCAUACAACAGAUUCAAUUGAAAACUAUUUUAAUCCAUUACUGCAUCGUUUAGCCAAUGGAGAUUGGUUUACCAGUCGAACAUCGGCAUGUGCACUAUUCAGUGUAGUCUAUCCACGUGUACGCAGUUCAGAACGAUGGGAAUUACUUGAUUUUCUCAGGAGAUUGGCUAGGGAUGAAACUCCAAUGGUCAGACGAGCAGUGGCUGCCCGAUUAGGUGAACUGGCACUGGCUAUGUGCGGAGGUUCACUUAAACAACCUACUGCAAAUGGGGAGAAAUCGAAUGACAGUGAUAGUAAAAGUAAUUCAGUUGAUACAACCACUUCAUCGUCUGCUGAAUCAAAUAAAUCAACCAGUGAAUUAUCUAGCCCAGUAGAACAUGAUAAAAACGGUGAUCAAACGCCGCCUAUUAAUGAUGCACCGAAGGAGGAUUCUGUUAAAACAGCCGGUGAUGAUUAUUCCACAAAUGUAAAAACCAAUGAAGAGCAGUCUUCAUUUAUAAUGAAUCCUAUUCAUCAGAAUGAUGAUUACACACUAGACCCAGAGAAUGAACGUAACAAUAUUUUGACUGUUCUUGUGCCUAUUUUUAUUCGACUUGUUGCUGAUGAACAAGAAUCUGUACGUUUGAUGGCUGUUGAAUCUGUUGUCCAAUUGGCGCAAGCUUUAGGACCUGAAGAAUCAGAAGAAUACCUGAUUGAUCUUAUCCAACAGGCGACAACUGAUAAAUCAUGGCGUGUACGAUGUGUUGUAGCGGAUAAGUUUACAGAUAUUCAAUUAGCUAUGGGACAACGAGUUUCACGUGAACGAUUAGUGCCUUUCUUCAUGAAAUUACUUCACGAUGAGGAGGCGGAAGUACGCGCUUUUGCUGCAGGCAAAGUGAAAUCAUUCGCUAGAUGUUUACUUGGUCUACCAGUUAACGAGUCAAAUACUUCCACAACGACGACAACAACGACGACGAAUGCUACCGUCACUACGACAUCAUCGUCAAAAGAACAACCAACCACAUCUAAUGAAAAUAAAAUGGAUAUCGAUGACAAGUUAGACAAUGAAGUCACCGGAAUCGCUUCAAAAGACGAGAUUAUUAUGCAACAAUUGCUACCAGCCAUUAAAAGUCUUACUAGUGAGUCAAAUACGCAUGUGAAAUCAGCCCUAGCCGGUGCUAUCCUCGGUUUAGCACCACUAGUCGGUAAAGCUUCAACAAUUGAACAUCUACUGCCAAUAUUUUUAGCCCAGUUGAAUGAUGACAAUCCAGAAGUCCGAUUGAAUGUUAUAUCUAAUCUAGAACAAGUGAACUCCGUGAUUGGAAUUGAUCAUUUAGAGACAAGUUUGUUACCGGCUAUUGUCCAGUUGGCUGAAGAUCCGAAAUGGCGUGUACGCCUAGCCAUUAUUGAAUAUAUGCCAUUGUUAGCGGAACAAUUAGGCUUGGAGUUUUUUGGCAAUCAGUUGACCGAAUUAUGCCUAUCAUGGCUUGUUGAUCAAGUGUAUGCUAUCAGGGAGGCAGCUGUUGAAAAUCUUGUACGAUUGUGUAUAAAAUUUGGUCCUGAAUGGGCUAGUAAUUUUUAUAUACCAAAGAUUAUUCAUUUAUCACGUGACGAAAAUUAUCUACAUCGUAUGAUUUGUCUACAAAGUAUUAUUAGCCUGUGUAAAGUUGUCAGUCCAACCAUCUGUUGUCAGUAUUUACUGCCUACAGUUUUAUCAAUGCAUACAGAUAAUGUACCAAAUGUUCGAUUUAAAGUUGCUCAAGCGCUCAGCAAUUUAGGCCUACAACUCGAUGAGAAAGAUAUUGACAGUGAAGUGAAAGCCUGUUUAAAUCGUCUGGCUGAAGAUUCUGACACUGAUGUCAAAUUUUAUGCUUAUGAAGCUAUGGACACAUUGAAGAUAUCUGUGAAUAGUAAUAAUAAUAAUAAACCGCUGCCAGUAUUUCAAAGUUAUCAUAUUAAAGUGAAACCAGCACUGUUAGACAGUCCAAAUUACAUUACCACCACUACUACUCCUACUACUCCUUCUCCUCCUCCUCCUGUGGUAUCAAUGCAGUCGUCACAAUUACCGUCGUCAACAACACCUGACCUUCAUCAAUUGGUUGGUGAGAAUGAAGAUGAAUCGUCGCCGUCGCCGUCGUCGCCGCCGCCUUUAUUGAACUCUGUACACGAGGAUGUCAGUAGCACUGACAAUAAUAAAAUUAAUGAAAUUAUCACUAUUACAUUAUCGUCUCCAGCAUCUUCAUCAGCACAGUCUUUGUUCACAGCGAAUACCACCACCAAUGGGUAGAAAUUGAUUUAUUUUCUGAUUGCGUCUUCUUCUUUGUGUGUAUGUGAUGGCGGUGCACGCGCGCCCCCGUUCACAAGAGGGAGGGAGACAGAGAGAGAGAGAGAGACAGCCAGGGAGUGAGUGUGUCAGUGAUUUUCGAUCAUCAACGUGUUCGUCUUCUUUUUCUGUUUUCCUGUCUUCUUCCUAAUUUUUAUGUAUUUUUAAUCCCCGCUCUUACACUAAUUAAUUAAUUAACUAACUAACAAACUCACUAACUAACCAGCUAACUAUACUAUACUGUGAAUAUAUAUAUAUAUAUAUAUAUAUAUAUAUAUAUAUAUAUAUAUAAAGGAGGAUUUAUAUCAUAGUACUGCGAAACACCAGAGAGGCCGAGUAGAAGCCGGACAUCAGCGCGCAGAUACACCUCAGUGUAGUGUGUGUAUAUGUGAAUCCCAAAUCAUAACCAAAUAAAUAUCCAUGAUGAUUCUCACUAGUAUAAAAAAUUUGUAGAAUUUUUAUUUCUUGUUGUUUUUAUCGUUUUCUUUUCAAAAAGAAAAAUAUUAUCAAUCACCAUGCGAAAUUUGAUCUUCAUCAGUUUUUCUCAUUUCUUCUUUUCUUUUUUGUUCUGUUGUUGUGAGUACUAGUAGUAAUUAAACAGAGUGUUUGACUGCUAUUGAGCAGAGGUUUUUACCCCUUUACAAACUACUGAUUAUUCUGUUAGUAAUAUGUAAUAUGUAAUAUGCAUUACUUCAUCUAAAGAUGAUUUUUAUCCCACCUACUCACAGACACACACACACAAACACACAUGCAAGAUGAUCUCAGCUGCCAUUGGCGAAACCAGGUUGUGUUCCUAUGCACACCAACAUUCACACGUACAGACAUAUGAAUAUAUAUAUAUAUAUACAUAUAUAUGUUAUGCAUACACUUUGUAUCAUACACUCAAUUUUACCCUCGACCCCAACCCCAACCCCCUAUCGCCCCUUUCUUGAGAACCAACUCUUCCAAUUUGUAUUCUUAUGAUUUUACGGACUAAUCCAUUGCGAUAUGAUAUGAUAUGAUAUAUUAUUAUUUAUGCAUUCAUAUAUGUAUACGUAUUCAUUUGUUAUAUGAUAUUAGGUUCUUCUCCUUUAUACAUAUAUAUGCAUAUACAUGUAUGUGAUCUUUUUUGCGGUCGGGGAGGGAGGGGUUGCUGGUGGUUAUUUCCCUGCCUGCCUGCCUGCCUGCCGAUUACCUGACCGGCUUGAUUGACUUUCUCGCUUGAUUUCUUGUUCUUUGGCACCGACCGACUGACCGGUCCACACACACACACACUCCCUGAGCAUGUUUAGCUAAUUUUUUUUCUUUGGGGGUUUUUACUCGUCUGCAUGAUGAUGAUGAUGAUGAUGGAAUCUGUCGUCUGUCUGUCUAUCUAUUUGUGUGUAUUAUUGUUUAUAACACAUUCAUUUUUUUGAUUUUUUUUAUUAAAGAAAAUUGAAAUAUAAUAAAUGUGUGCCUUGA